UUAACUGCUAAUGGCAACUAUGGAUCGAUCUGAGUUGGACUUCGCAGCCUGUCAAUUGAUGGCAUUUGCAAUUGAUUGCAUGCUGUGCAGUGGACCUGGAAAAGAUCAGAGCGCCUUAGAAAAGAAAUAGAGAUGCUGGGUUGGAGGCAGAAUCAGGCAUCAGUAGCCCAGGUUAGGUUAGACUUUCGCAAAACUGCUGUCCUAGGAGGACGAAUCUUUCCCAAACCAAUUAGCUAUCAUGUUCAUCUCAGAAGUAUAUAAGCGUAUUCUUAUCAUUCUUGUUCACCUCAGAAACCACUGUAGGACGUAGGGUACCAGUAAUGGUUUGGUGGAGGCGUUGCGGCGGGACAGCCUGCCGCAGAGGGGAUGAGUGCAUUGGUAAGGCAAUUGACCUGAUGGUGGUGUGUAGGCUACAUCCAGUCCUGCGGUCACUGACUCUAACAUAAUUGCCUGAAGUUCAGGGAAUACGCCGGUAGUUACUUAGUUUUUUAGAAUCAGAGCACUGUGGCGAAAGGAUGCUGUGCUGGUAUUCUCUUUUCGCUCAAUUAUAGAAUUAUUGUACCAUGAUUCACUUGCCAAACUGUUUAAAUGCGCCUGCGACGCAAGAGAAUGGACUAUUCCGGAUGGAUGACACCGUUUGGAAUAGGUAUCAGGGAGUUGAUAACUGCAACUAUUAAAUAAUUAAUAAACAGCCGAAAGUGAAAGUAAGUCGUCAGUUGACCAGCGUAUAAAAUCACAUGGACAGCGCAACCUGCAUGCGUAUUGCUUCCACCUCCCCUAACUGGCUCUAGUUUAUCGGCUGGUGGGUUAAGUGCGUAUUUUUCAGCAUUAAGUGGUAUCGAUACAUUUGUUGAGAACAGAGGUGGAGACAAGUCGGGAAUUUCCAACUCGGGUCUGCAGUUGUGCUUCGUUGACAGGGGGGUUAGCAUGUAAUGCGACUAUCAAGCAUGCCUCUGUAAGCACGUCGCUGCUUCAACGUGCAGAUUUCGUUUGGUUUCAGCGGACGUCCCAAGGAUGUAUUUGUGAAUAUUUCAUUACAGGUUGGAAGCUGCAGGGAAGAGAGAGAGAGAGGGCCUGGCAAACUGCUGUGCUGAGAAGGAACAACCACUUCCCAGCAUCAUCCAGGAGAACCUGCUGAGAGAAGAGUAAACCACAUUGGAAGAAUGGCCGGAUCAGGAGCAUGGAUCCUAGGCUGGGUGUUUGGUCUGGUUUUGACACAGUCAGUUUCAACAAGCACCAGUCCCAUUUGCAAAGCCUUGACUGUGGUGAAUAACAGUCUGGGUGUAAAAGAAAGGAUACACUUCAUGAGGCACAACAUGCCCAUUAACUACACCAUACGGGUUCACUAUGAGGAGAUCUUCAAGCUGAAAAACGUCAGCAGGCUGAGGAGGAAUGUGGAGGGCCUAGAAGACGUGGACCUGCAGGUGACGUGGUUGAGGGUGAACCUGGGCAUUCUGAAGAAGAUCACAAGCGUUUUGCCCAAGAAGCACCCCUCCUACAACUUCACGUCUAACCUGGAGACGCUCUUCCUCAGCGUGGAGCAAAUAUUCCCAGAGGGGAGGGAUCCGCCAGAACGAAUACAACAAAUCUGGGAUGCUUUAGGGAGCUCCUUGGGAAAACGGUGGAAUGUGGCCACACCAAAAUCCCUGCUGGACAACUGCUACCAAACCAUGCACUGUAUCUUCAGCAGUUGCUUCCCAUCUUCUUCAAACUACUGUCAGCGAGCUCACUGGAGAAACGAGAAGAAGGCCCAGCAUCAAGGGGUUCCAAAGAACUAGAAGACAGCUGCUUUAUGAGCCCUGCACUUGCAAUAGUUUUGCGUCCCCUUGCCUUUUCUGCACAGUCAUGAUGUUGGGAAGCACCAGUGCUGGGAACAGUAUGAAAGAGAUCACUGCUGUGAUCACUGCCAUGGCAUUCUGGGUGUACUGUAUGAUAGCCUGCACAUGUCUUGCAGUUCCAACAGACAAUCAUUUCACAGAAGAGUUGAAAACCUGCAGUAGUGUUUCAUGUUUUGGUGACACGUACAUCUAAGAUCAUUUUAAAAGUCAUAGGCCACUGUUAAUAGACUUUUAACUUUGAAACAUGCUAAUGAAUAUGGAAAAAUAACUUAAGCAGAAUAUUAUUAUGUGGAUUUUAUACACGCAAUGACUUGCCAUUGAGACAUUAGAUUUAAGUUUACAAUUCAAUAGGAAAAAUAAAUAUGGAAAAUUACAUUGGUAUCAGUAGAAAUGUCAUUAAAUCAGUUCAAUUGUCAGAUUCAAAAUUUCAGUAAAAUUCAAAUAAUUAUGUAAUGCUGUGGAGACAGAAGACUAUGGGCUGUUAUUUCAGUCAUGUAUGUCACAAAAACUGGCAUGCUGGUAAUUAUGCCACAGUUGGUUGAGUAUGUCAUCAUUAAUGGUCAGUAUAUGCAUGCAAGACAUAAGAUACCAUGCCUCUUUGGAAUUCAGUGUUCUACAGCAGUCUGUUUGGUUUGGCGCGCAUUUGUCUGCAUUCACACUACAAAUGUGCUACAUGAAAACCCAUUUCAAGUGUCUUUCAAACACAUUUUAUUUGAAUUUUUCCCCAAAUUGAAAUGUUUGUCUUUGUUGUUAGAUGUACACCACUGAUACAAGACUUAACACAAAUGUUGCUGUAAUACAUUAAUUAAUCAAGAAAACAUGUUUGCUCACUCAGCUCGAAAGGCUUAUGAACUUUCCUGAUUAUUUAUAUUAACCGUGUUAAUGUUCUAUACAAGUGAGCCUUCUAAUUAAGUCUAAUCACACCAGUUUUACUAUUGUGAUGCCUCUGUAAGUGCCAUAAUCGUGCUGUUCAUCACUGCUCAGUCAUGUUAGUGUGUGAGGAUGUCUCAAAAGGUUUGUUUUUCCCCCUGUGUAAAUUACAUACAGAUGUUGCUGACUUGCUGGCAGAGUCAGGAAUUUCCCUCCAGUAGCCUAACUCAUGACUUAAGCUUCUAACUCUGGACUUUCUUCUUGAGCAGCUUAAACAAAACGAUGUUUUGCAUUUGAAAAUUAACAGCUAUUGUUCUUGUGUGUUGUUGAACUAAAGAGAGCUCAUGAUUUUAUGUUUUCUUUAAGAGUUGUCCAUACAGUUUUAGUUAUUUAUUUUUUUACGCUUUAAAGACUGUUCAAAAUGUUACAUGAAUUAAAAAUGAAUUGUCAUAUCA